AUGAAGCAGACAGGAGUAAAAGAUUCUUUCCUGAAGGAGAAGAGAGAUUGGGUGCAUGAUCAGUUAGCUACUUGGACAUAUGAAAAUGUUAUCUCCUUUUAUGUCAUCUCCAUGGAUUCCUUUCUGAAGGCAUGCAUGGCUAUUGGAGACUAUGGACCGAGCUACAGGCCCCCAGCAUCACACAUUGUUGACCUGAUGCUUGAAAGCAUUAGGAAGUUGAGUUUAUUCAAAGGAGCAAUUGAAAAGGCGAGGACGCUCACCGUCUUUAUCUAUAGUUAUCACAAGACUUUGUCUAUGAUGCAUCGCAUUUGUGACAAAAGGGACAUUGUAAGACCUGAAGUUACUCGUUUUGCCACUAAAUUUUUGACUCUACGGAGUCUUCUUGAGAAGAAAGGGAAGUUGAGAUAUAUGUUUUCUGAUGAAGAAUGGGUGAGAUGCAAGCUUGCAAACUCCGCUAAAGGCUCUAAGGUAGAGGUAAUUUCUAUGAGUGAUAGUUGGUGGACGGUGGUGGCCAAGAUCUUGAAGGUGUAUGCUCCUAUUUUUCGAUUGUUAAGGGUACUCGAUAGUGACUACAAACUCUCAAUGGGAUUUGUGGUGGGGAUACUUGAAGAUAUAAAGAAGGAGAUUAUUCAAGUUUUCAAGAAUAAGGAGAAGGAUUUCAAGCCCGUGAUUAAUAUUAUUGAUAGGAAGUCCAAGGAUCAGCUUUUUUCUCCCUUGCAUAUGGCUUCUUACUACCUCAACCCUUACUAUUUUUAUAGGGAUGAUGUAGUGAAGAACUGCAAAAGGGUGAAAGAUGGAUUUCUAGAUGUGGUGGAGUUGUUUUAUCCUUAUGUAGAGCAACAAGUUGAAAUUCAUACUCAAGAGUUGGAGAGAUACAGAGAAGGAAAGAGUUCAUUUUCUAGGAUUGGAGCGGUGAAGGCUAGAGAGAAAUCAGACUUGAACCCAGCUAAUUGGUGGUAUUUGCAUAGUGGUGAUUGUCCCUUCAUGCAAAAUAUGGCUAACAAACUUCUUAACUUGACAAGCAACUCUUCUGGUUGUGAAAGGAAUUGGAGCACAUUUGAGGGGAUCCAUACGAAGAAGAGGAAUAGAUUGAAAUCGAAGAGGUUAGAGGAACUGAUCUAUGUGAAGUUUAACUUAAAGCUCAACCAGAAGAAUAGGAGAGGAGAAAACAAGAACCUACUGCUAUCUAAUGAUCGUAGUAAGGAACGGGCAUGGAUCCUAGAAGGAGCAGGCUCUAAUGAUGAGGAAGAAGUUUAUCCGGGCUCAGGCCUUACUUGGAGGAUGGUAGAGGGUAUAUCGAGAGCGGCGGAGAAUAGGAGGAGUUCUAGGCUAGCAGGACCUUCAAGUGCUUCUACUUCAGUGAUGGAUGAUGGAGAAGAUUCUCUUAUCUCAGAUGAUGUUGUUUCAGACGAGGAGGAGGAUUGUGUGGAGAUGGAUUCUGGAGAGGAUAGUGAUGAUGGAGUAAAGGAGGAACUUCAUGAUGAUGAUGAUGUUUGA